AAGCCCGCAGCAAUGGCACAGCCCAGCAGGAUCUUUAUACAGGGAGGUAAAGUUGUAAACGAAGACUGCUCCGUAAUCAGCGACGUGGUCAUAGAAAAUGGAAAGAUUGUGGAAGUUGGUCCAAAUUUGCAGAUUCCAGCGGGGGCUCGGGUCAUAGAUGCCACUGACAAACUGGUCCUGCCCGGUGGCAUCGACACGCACACGCACAUGGAGCUGGCCUUCAUGGGCACCAGGGCCGUGGACGACUUCCACAUAGGAACCAAGGCAGCUCUGGCCGGAGGCACCACGAUGAUCCUGGACUUUGUCAUCCCCCAGAAAGGUAAAUCUCUUCUAGCGGCCUAUGAGAGCUGGCGUAACACGGCUGACCCCAAAGUCUGUUGCGAUUACUCACUGCAUGUAGCUGUCACCUGGUGGAGUGAAGAGGUGAAGAAAGAGAUGGAGACGCUGGUCAAAGAAAAAGGCGUGAACUCCUUUAAGAUGUUUAUGGCCUAUAAGGAUGUGUUCAUGCUGCAGGACUCUGAGUUGUAUGCUGCCUUCUCCCAGUGUAAGGAGAUAGGGGCUAUUGCUCAGGUGCAUGCAGAGAAUGGAGACCUGAUUGCAGAGGGGGCCAAGAAAAUGCUUUCAUUGGGCAUCACAGGACCAGAGGGACAUGAGCUUUGCAGACCAGAGGAGGUGGAGGCAGAGGCUACACAGCGGGCCAUCACCAUCGCACAUGCAGUCAACUGUCCUCUCUAUGUAGUCCACGUCAUGAGCAAAUCUGCAGCCAAAGUUGUGUCCAAUGCACGCAGAGAGGGGCGGGUAGUUUUUGGAGAGCCCAUUGCAGCUGGUCUGGGCACAGAUGGAACUCACUACUGGAACAAAGAAUGGGCCCAUGCAGCAGGUUUUGUGAUGGGACCUCCACUCAGACCAGAUCCAGGCACCCCCGGAUACCUCAUGGACCUGCUUGCCAAUGAUGACCUCACUGUGACUGGGACAGAUAACUGCACUUUCUCAAUUUGUCAAAAGGCUCUUGGCAAAGACAACUUCACAAAGAUCCCAAAUGGAGUGAAUGGUGUUGAGGAUCGCAUGUCUGUCAUCUGGGAGAAGGGAGUGCACAGCGGCAAAAUGGAUGAGAAUCGAUUUGUAGCUGUCACCAGCAGCAAUGCAGCAAAAAUUUUCAACCUUUACCCACAGAAAGGCCGGAUCGCCAGAGACGCAGAUGCUGAUGUGGUUAUUUGGGACCCUAUCAUGACGAGAAAGAUUUCAGCAAAGACCCACCACCAGGCUGUAGAUUAUAAUAUCUUUGAGGGGAUGGAGUGUCAUGGUGUCCCUCUACUGACAAUCUCCAGAGGAAAAGUGGUCUAUGAGAAUGGGACGUUGAAUGUCUCUCCUGGACAUGGCUCAUUCAUCCAUAGACAACCCUUCUCUGAAUUUGUCUAUAAAAGGAUCAGACAGAGAGAACAGGUGGGCAAACCGACAGGUGUGAUCAGGGAGCCCUACCAGGGAGAAGUCAUAUCGCUGUAAACAAAGAAC